GGCGCAAUCUCGAGGGUCCGGGAGCCGGUGUUGCCCCUGAGCGGCCAUGAGCAAGCGGAACCAGGUGUCGUACGUGCGGCCCGCCGAGCCGGCGUUCCUGGCCCGCUUCAAGGAACAGGUCGGCUACAGGGAAGGGCCCACCGUAGAGACCAAGAGAAUCCAGCCUCAGCUCCCAGAUGAAGACGAUGAUCACAGUGACAAAGAAGAUGAACAGCCCCAAGUGGUGGUUUUAAAAAAGGGAGACCUGUCACCUGAAGAAGUCAUGAAAAUUAAAGCUGAAAUAAAGGCUGCCAAAGCAGAUCAAGAACCGGCCUCAACUGAUGGAAGAAUCAUGUAUCGAAAACCAGUCAAACGUUCCCCAGAUGAAAAGUAUUCAGGUAUAACAGCAAGCUCAAAAAAGAAAAAGACAAAUGAAGAUGAAAUUAAUAAUCAGGACUCAGUUAAAAAGAAUUCACAAAAGCAAAUAAAAAACAGUAGCCUCCUUUCUUUUGACAGUGAAGAUGAAAAUUAAUAAGUAUAAACAUUUUGGACUUCGUUUUAAGAGCAUAUUGGGUAUUUUUUUAAAUAAUUUUUUUGCUAUUAUAAAAAUAUUACAAAUGCAUUACAGAAAAUUUAGAAAAUAACAAAAAAAAAUUAUUAAGAUAAAAACAGUUUCCAUCCAUCAAUACCCCUUUGAAUCGAAAUGCCAACUCUGUAGACGUUAACUUGUAUUAACACUUUGUUAAUUCCCUUAUGGGGUGUGUAUG